AUGACAUCUACUCAGACGUCUUCCCUCGCUCUUGACCGACCUCCUCAAUCUUUUCCUGUCUUCUCUCCUGGACCCGCGACUCUCUACCGUCCUUCAUCGAAGAGGAGGUCGAUUCCCCCGGAUGUAUGGCUUUCCGUCAUUCGCUCGAUGUUUGAAGCGGCGGAUUUCGCCUCAUUGGCAAGUUUCGCCACCACGACCAAAACCAAUGCCGCCCUUUCGCAGCCUUUCCUCUUUAGGGACAUCGUUAUACGUCGAACCAAUAAUCGAAACCGCAAACGGGCCGAUAUCGAAGCACGCAAAUCGACAUUGCUCAGUUUGCUCAAUAUUCGACCUUUACUCGUUACUUAUAUCCGUUCCAUCUCGAUCUAUUCGUCCUGUCGGGACACUUGGUGGAUUACCAACACUUCUAUGAUGGCCUUAACCUCUCAUAUAUUCACGCGCGGCACGGUAACAAGUAUUACGAUCGCCGGUUAUGGUCCCAAGGGCCUCGAUGGUCGCCUAUUACACUCUUCUAUUCUCGCUUCUCUACCCCCAACAAUCGUGUCGGUCACUUUAUCCAACAUUCAUUUCUUGUCUCCUCGCACGUUUUACGCGUUAUCGACCGUCACCGAACUUCGCUUCACUAGCGUAUUUUGCCACGCUGUUGGCUGCCGAACCGUCGGUCGGCUCCUGCAAGCCAAUCCUCCCCCUCCCUUUGGCCUUCGACCAUCCAUUCAAUACUUGGAGUAUUCACGACAAACGGAUGCCGCGGAGACCUAUUACGGUAGUCCAUGCGAGGUGAUAGGGCAAUACGUACAACUCGGUGGUUUGGUGGAGGCCAGAUUUCGCACCGACCAUGCAGAUGACUACGACAUGCUGUUCCCAACAUUACAGCAAGCGGCUCGAAGCUUGCGUACCUUAACUGUGGACGUGACAGGCGUUACCAUCAACAGAUACUUCCGUCGAUACCCUUGUUCCGCCCAGUUUCCCGCGCUGCACGAACUCACGGACCUUGUCCUUGUUGUCACGUAUUCAGGUGACCAUCCCAUUCGAGAGCAUCCUUGGCAGGGCUUGGUUUUUACGCUGGAUUCGUUGGCAACACCGAGGUUGAGUCGGUUGACGGUCCGUAUCAUCUAUAAGGGCUACUGGAAGGUAGAUUUCAUGUACUUCCUUGCUGCCCUGGACGAUUGGCAGGCUUUGGAUAGUGCCCUUCGGGCACGCCUCAAAAUUUUCCCAAACCUCGUCCUCGCGCUGGAAUUCGAAAACUUCAAGCGUUCCGAUAAUAUGCUUUGGGGUCAAGGGGAGCACGCGCAGGCUUCCUUCAUUCAGCAGGCCCUUCUUGAUGCAAGACAGGUCGGACCGUUGCAAUACGGGAUCUUGACUUCGUCCCAGAUUGCACGCAUGCUCCCUGCUCUUUUUACCCUGCCAAACAUUCAAUCGCGCAUUACAUUUUCGUGGACCUAA